AAUGAUUCCCACUACUUAAUAAUGUGCCCCGUUAAAAAACGUGAUAGGCACAAAUGCCUUUUACGAACUGUGCAAUUAGCUUUAUAUAUUCCAGCAUGUGGACGGAAUGAAGUACUGAAUGGAUGUGGAGCUCUCUGCGAGGGAAAGUGCGAGAAUGUAAACAAGGUUGGUCUAUUGCACGUAAAUGAAAGUGAUUCACGUAACGGAACGUUAGUUCAGGGACCAAUCCCCUGCCCACUCAUUUGUCUUCCCCCAGCAUGCGCAUGCCGUGACGGUUUCUACAGAGACGCCAGCAACAAUUGUGUGGCAGCAUCUCAGUGUCCAAGCCGUAGGUGGAUUACUCCAUUGCAAGUUUGCUAG